CGUUUUGCAGUAUCUCCUGAGGAAGUCAGAAUCUGAGCCAGCAUGAAGACUGAAUCUUGUCUUUGGUCUGAUUUAUAAACUGUACUUUUAUUCUAACCAUGUGCAAGGUGGAUGUUAUAGCAUGGAAACUAAAGUCUUACUUCCUGCCUGACAUAACUCACUUCAAGAAGUGCACAAUGUCAGAACGUGGAAUUAAGUGGGCUUGUGAAUACUGUACGUAUGAAAACUGGCCGUCUGCAAUCAAGUGCACUAUGUGUCGUGCUCAAAGACCUAGUGGAACAAUUAUUACAGAAGAUCCAUUUAAAAGUGGUUCAAGUGAUGUUGGUAGAGAUUGGGAUCCUUCCAGCACUGAAGGAGGAAGUAGUCCUUUGAUAUGUCCAGACUCAAGUGCAAGACCAAGGGUUAAAUCUUCAUACAGCAUGGAAAAUGCAAAUAAAUGGUCAUGCCACAUGUGCACAUAUUUGAACUGGCCGAGAGCAAUCAGAUGUACCCAGUGCUUAUCCCAGCGUAGGACCAGGAGUCCCACAGAAUCUCCUCAAUCCUCAGGAUCUGGCUCAAGACCAGUUGCUUUUUCUGUUGAUCCUUGUGAGGAAUACAAUGAUAGAAAUAAACUGAACACAAGGACCCAGCAUUGGACUUGUUCUAUUUGCACAUAUGAAAACUGGGCCAAGGCUAAAAAAUGUGUUGUUUGCGAUCAUCCCAGACCUAAUAAUAUUGAAGCAAUAGAGUUGGCGGAGACUGAAGAGGCUUCCUCAAUAAUAAACGAGCAAGACAGAGCUCGAUGGAGGGGAAGCUGCAGCAGUGGUAAUAGCCAGAGAAGAUCGCCUCCUACUACAAAACGGGACUCUGAAAUGAAAAUGGAUUUUCAGAGGAUUGAAUUGGCUGGUGCUGUUGGCAGCAAGGAGGAACUUGAAGUGGACUUCAAAAAACUAAAGCAAAUUAAAAACAGGAUGAAAAAGACUGAUUGGCUAUUCCUCAAUGCCUGUGUGGGGGUUGUAGAAGGUGAUUUAGCUGCUAUAGAAGCAUACAAGUCAUCGGGAGGGGACAUUGCACGUCAGCUCACUGCAGAUGAAGUGCGCUUGCUGAACCGUCCUUCUGCUUUUGAUGUUGGCUAUACUCUGGUACAUCUGGCUAUACGUUUUCAGAGGCAGGAUAUGCUGGCAAUAUUGCUUACGGAGGUGUCUCAACAAGCAGCAAAGUGUAUUCCAGCAAUGGUGUGUCCUGAACUGACAGAGCAAAUCCGACGAGAGAUAGCUGCCUCUCUUCAUCAGAGGAAGGGGGAUUUUGCUUGCUAUUUUCUGACUGACCUUGUAACAUUUACGUUGCCAGCAGAUAUUGAAGACUUACCUCCAACAGUCCAAGAAAAAUUAUUUGAUGAGGUGCUUGACAGAGAUGUUCAAAAAGAGUUAGAAGAAGAAUCUCCGAUUAUAAACUGGUCGUUGGAAUUGGCUACACGUUUGGACAGUCGACUGUAUGCACUUUGGAACCGGACUGCAGGAGACUGCUUACUUGAUUCAGUACUACAAGCUACCUGGGGCAUUUAUGAUAAGGACUCGGUGCUUCGGAAAGCCCUGCAUGACAGCCUGCAUGACUGUUCGCAUUGGUUUUAUACACGUUGGAAAGAUUGGGAAUCAUGGUAUUCUCAGAGCUUUGGUUUACAUUUUUCCCUGAGAGAAGAACAGUGGCAAGAAGACUGGGCAUUUAUACUCUCUCUUGCUAGUCAGCCUGGAGCAAGCUUGGAACAGACACACAUUUUUGUACUUGCACAUAUUCUUAGACGACCAAUUAUAGUUUAUGGAGUAAAAUAUUAUAAAAGUUUCCGGGGAGAAACUUUAGGAUAUACUCGGUUUCAAGGUGUUUAUUUGCCUUUGUUGUGGGAACAGAGUUUUUGUUGGAAAAGUCCAAUUGCUCUGGGCUAUACACGGGGCCACUUCUCUGCUUUGGUUGCCAUGGAAAAUGAUGGCUAUGGCAACCGAGGUGCUGGUGCUAACCUGAACACCGACGAUGAUGUCACCAUGACGUUUCUGCCUCUGGUUGACAGUGAAAGGAAGUUACUCCACGUGCACUUUCUUUCUGCUCAGGAGCUAGGUAAUGAGGAACAGCAAGAAAAACUGCUCAGGGAGUGGCUGGACUGCUGCGUGACUGAGGGGGGAGUUCUUGUCGCCAUGCAGAAAAGCUCUCGGCGGCGAAAUCACCCCCUGGUCACGCAAAUGGUAGAAAAAUGGCUUGACCGCUACCGACAGAUCCGGCCUUGUACAUCCCUGUCUGAUGGAGAGGAAGAUGAAGAUGAUGAAGAUGAAUGAAAAAAAUCAAAGAGCAGAAGACCAAGGUGUAUUGGCUCUGUGGUGACCCCAAAGUUAGUGUGGUGCUCCAAGCAGAGUGCACGGCACGGAAUGAACCAAAUCUGGCAGGAUCUGCUCGGAAGGGUUUUUCUGAUCCACACCCAAUGGAGAUGAUGCGUCUGCUGUGUGAGGAGACAGAGAACUUUGGACUACAGUUUGUAAAAACUAAUUUUAUUAAGACAGAACUUUUUUCUUUUCAAAUUGUAAAUCUGUCUAUAAAUGUAACGCAUGUGGUUGUGUAAGAAAUUGUGUAAUAGGAAAAGUUGUACCAGCAUCUUCAUAUUAUUUGAGAAGUUUUUUCUAGCAUGGGCACCUCCAAAAGCACAUGGCAGAUGACUCUCUGUUCCUUUGAGAUGUUCUUUUUUAAGUAGAAUUUGGCAUUCUACUUCCAUCUUAAAGAUCCAUUUCACAUUAAGUCUCACUAGAGCUCGUUAGAGAUUGGGAACUUUUUGUACAAAUUAUCCACAGCAAAACAUAAAAAUAAAAAAACAAGCUUUUAUUUUAUUAAUAAUUUAGUUCCUGUUCUGCCCAAUAAAAUAAAAUCAGAUCUUUAAGGAACAAAAUGCAAGGAAAGUUAAGGACUUUUUAUUGAAUGAACUUCAUAUAGACAUCGUUCCCUUAUUUUGAAAAGGGUUUUGGUUUCUAUUAUUGCAUCUUUCUUAAGUUUCUGAUAUGCCCCUUUGCAGUAUUUAGGUAUUUUUUUUGUUUGGAAGAGUGCCCUUAAAAUGAGGAUUCUUCUCCCAGACUCUGGGCAGCAGUCUCUUGGUGAGUAGUUAUUCCCUGGAUGUAAAUGAGGGAAGCACUUGGGGAGCAGGCCCCUCAUAACGAAAUGAAUUGUGUGAAAUUUGCUCACUUGACCCAUGGACAAUGUUAUACUCCCAAGUUGCCAUGCAGAGGGUCUUUGGAGUCUCACUGUCUUUUAUCAUCAACCCUCCUUUAAGCAAAUCGUGUUAGAAAGGCAUGCCUUUGCUUGGGCUAAUUGGGAAUAUCAGUUCAGUACAGAAUAAAGAUUUAAAAAUGGAGUAAGGUGGUAAUUGCACUGUGUAAUGAAUUUCUCAGUGAGCAGUCUGAGAAUUUUUGCAUGUUGGUUAAUUGUGGCCAUUCUUAUUUAAAGUUAAAACUGUAAUCUUUUUAUAAAAAGUAUUAUUUGACCACUUCAGGUAUACAUUCAAUACUGGGUAAAAAUUUCAGACCUAUCUCAGGAACACAAAAGAGACUUAGUGUCCUGAUAAGCAUGUUGUAGACUAUUGAUGUGGCAAGGAAUUUGGCAAGAAGCCCCAUAUACACAUACACACACACAUAUAUAUUUUCUUCUCUUUGAAAAGGCUGUGAAAACCUUUAAAUAUUUACUUCUUGUUUUCUUCUAAGUUCUGUAUAGAUGGUAUUGAAAUGUACACAACCUUAAAUUUGAUGCUGGAAUACUAAAAAUAGAAGCAUACC